UCCAGUGGGUGGCGGUAAUGCACCUAUGAGCUGGUUUGCCAGCCGCCAAAAAACACCAAAGAAGAAGUAGUAGUAGUAAUAGUGGCAGACCGGAAGCGUCGGUUGUACGGUGAGAACGCUUGCUGACUGAAUUCAGGAGCACAUGUUCAAGCUCAGAGAAGCUCCUCCCACAACAAUUCACCAAUAAAUGCUGGAAUAUUCCCAUCAGUUUACAAGUGAAGACAGCAUCAGAGCAUCAGGAAGAGCUGAAAUCUGCAGAGACUGAGUUUAUUAAAGAGGACAGAGAGAAGAUGAGAGAUCCAGAACCCUGCAGAAUCAAACACACUGAAGAUACUGAACAACAAACAGAGUUGAUUAUAGAUAAUGAGGAGAAAAAUCAUGUUAGAAGUGGAGAAAAACCCAAACAGAAAGAUUUAAAGAAAAAAAGGCCCAAGAAAUCUUUCACCUGCACUCAGUGUGGAAAGAGUUUCACAAACAAAUAUGAUCUUGAGCAUCACGUGAGAGUUCAUACUGGAGAGAAACCAUUCACUUGUGAUCAGUGCGGGAAGAGUUUCACACACUCAGCAAACCUUAAGAUACACAUGAACAUUCACACUAGAGAGAAACUGCACACAUGUGAUCAGUGCGGGAAGAGUUUCACACAAUCAUCAAGCCUUAAGAAGCACAUGAACAUCCACACUAGAGAGAAACCGUUCACUUGUGAUCACUGCGGGAAGAGUUUCACACAAUCAUCAAACCUUAAGAAACACAUGAACAUCCACACUAGAGAGAAACCUUACUCAUGUGAUCAAUGCAGCAAAACAUUUUUGUGGGCUUCAGUCCUGAAGCAGCACCUGAAAGUUCAUACAAAGGAGAAGCCAUAUUCAUGUCAUUUGUGUGGAAAGAGUUUUUCAUUGCUACAACAUUUGAAAAAACAUCAGAAAAUACACACUGGUGUGAGAGAGUACAUGUGCUUUGAGUGUGAGAAGACUUUUAGUACUUUAGACUGUUUAAAACUGCAUGAGAGGAUCCACACUGGAGAGAAACCUUACAAGUGUUCACUCUGCGACAAGAGAUUCAGUCAGUCAACACAUCUGAAAACACACGAGAGGAUCCACACUGGAGAGAAACCGUUCACUUGUGAUCAGUGCGGGAAGAGUUUCUCACAAUCAGCAACCCUUAAGAGACACAUGAACACCUACACUAGAGAGAAACUGCACACAUGUGAUCAAUGUGGCAAAGCAUUUUUGUGGGCUUCAGUCCUCAAGAAACACCUGAGAGUUCAUACAAAGGAGAAGCCAUAUUCAUGUCAUUUGUGUGGAAAGAGUUUUUUACAUCUACAAAGUUUGAAAAAACAUCAGAAAAUACAUACUGCUGAGAGAGUACAUGUGCCUUGAGUGUGAAAAGACUUUUACUACAACGAGCCGUUUAAAACUGCAUGAGAGGAUUGGUGACAAGAUUCAAUGAUUCAUCAAGUCGGAAAAUACAUGAGAGGAUCCACACUGGAGAGAAACCGCAUCACUAGGUUUGGGUAACGAAACACGGUACCAAUACGGCACCGGUACCUAUGUAACCGAAUCAUAACGCAUAUUUCGGUGCCACUUAAAUGCAUGAGCAAUUGAUUGAAAUAUUUGUCCACUGGUUCUCUGAAACAGAUGUAAGAAGCAUCAACACUGUAUACACUGUGACAAGACAUUCAGUCGCUCAGAAUCAGAUCGCCUGAAAACACAUGAGAGGAUCCACACCGGAGAGAAACCGUAUCACUGCACUGCAUGUGGGAAACGUUUCACUCAUUCAUCUGCUCUACACAGACAUACAAAAACAAUCACAUUAAGCAGAUAAUCUUCAGAUCCAGCUCUUUCAGGUCUGAUGCAUGACAUGACAAAGAAACAUUCAAAACAUCUUCAAAACCAGCAGAUUCAACUGUGAUUCAGAUCAACUCAAAGAUGGAGCUCCUCCCCAAAGAACAAUGUCCAAAUAGUUUCAUUCCUGUAUAUAAUUUUACUUCACAAUGUAAAUGAUAUCAUUGUGCUUUAUUAUGAGUUUAAUAUUAUGUUCAGUUGUUUCAUAUUACGUUCAAUAUGUUUAAUAAGCAGGAUUGUAAGAAUAGUAACACCAUUAAAACCUUACAGAGACCCAUCCAUACUUGUAAAUCAGUAGGAGAGAGAUCCAGCUCAUUAGUUUUCACUUUUACUUAGCUUCUUGCAUUUGUAUUUGAAAAUUAAAUGUUACCUUUUCUGUUAAUACAUUGUUAUCUUUACUUUUUAUAUUUUUUAUAAACUUUUAUUGUCUGCUGAUUGUAUUUGAAUCAGGAUAUCUAAAAGCCAUGAAGUAUUAUAAUUGAGAUUGAAUGAGUUUGUCUACAUUAGCAACCCUUCUUCUUCUUCUAGCGGUGGGCAGAUUGAUCCUAAUAUUGAUAGUAUCGAUAUGAACGUUGAUAUUGGUAUCGGAUCAAUACGAGCCUGAUGAGAUCAAUACUUUAGGUCCAUUUUCUCUCCUCUAUGCUUAAUACAUUACUUCUGUUUCAACAAAGAGAAGACAUGUCUGUGUGUGUUUAUAUGCCGCUCCUUUCUCAUCUCAGAGCUGCACGAU